AUGGCGACACACAUGAAACAUAGUUUAACGUCAAUUGUAUUGUUAAUUUGUUAAAUAUGUAUCUAUUAAACAUUCGUAAAACGAUAAUAAGUAAUUUUGGGAUUCACUAAACGUUGAAAAGUUGGUCAAAAAAGUAAUGUUAGAUGUUCUAACCUAUUAGAAUGCUCUACUAAAUGUAUACAUGGUUUUAACAAUUUUAUUUGUGCUUUAACAAUUUUAUUUUGAAACUACAUGUGGACUUAACGUUGACACGUUAAUAAAGAAGUAAUUCGAAUUAUAAUUUAAUAAAAUGCAUACUUCUGGAGAUUUUAUUUUACAUGGCGGUGAUACUGCGUUUGCAAAUAGGCAAAAGCUUUUGUUUGACAGAUUGUCAGACGCAGAACAAGAAUGCAACAGAACUAAAUCAGUCAUUGAGUCUACAGAUGUAGAUAUGGCUAUUGACGAAUCAAAUAAGUCUAUAAUUCUAAGAGCUGGUCAAAAACGUAAAAGUGAAUUGAAAAGAUUUCGUGGUAAAGAGAGUAUUUUUAAGCGACCCGAAGGUCCAGCACCGCGUGCAGUUAAUAGAAGUGUACCAGAUUAUCACAGAAAUCCUCAUAAAUGGAUGAGAUAUAGUUUGGAUGAUGUAUCUAACGAUGAUAUGACAGAACAGAGUAAUACAAGGGCUGCAUUAUCUUUUUUAAAAGAAUUAAAAGCAAGAAGGUCGUUGAAACAAAUCGACGGAGAAAGGGAAAUGGACGUAGAUGAAAUUGCGUCAACCGGAAAUGAUCAAACUAAGACAGGGUUUACGUCCAAGAAAGUGAAAGCAAUUUCAGAUAUUGAAUUUAAAAAACCUGAACGUGACGCCGUAGAAACACUGAAUACAUCGAUCGUUAUUGAACACAAUGAUAAACCAGUUUUUAGAAGCAGUAAAAUUAUUAUGCCGGAAUAUGUUGUUGGACAAAAACAAAAAAAGAAAAAUAAGAAGGAGAAACGUUUGGAAAAAGUGGAUCGUUUGAAACAACUUAAAUUGGGUCACUUGGAAGAAUUUGACGAAGAUGAUAAUUGAAUAUGCAUAUACUGAUAUUGUUGUGAAUACACUUAGUAAAUUGCUAUAUGAUACAAAUAUAUCACAUAUUUCGUUUUACCGAUUAAUGUACUUCGUAUAUAUAGCAGCAAUAAAAUAC